GGGGCUAAGAUAGAACAUGGCAUUAGUAUAAAAAAACUGAGAAAUCUCCUUGUGACCUCUCUGAAACAAAAGAGGAAGAAAAGUGCUAGUGUCCCCACCACCAGGCCCCAAAAUGCUCAACCUGUUCUUUGUGCCGUGUCGCAUGGCCCUAUUCUAUGAAGAGACCCACAAGUAGUGAGGAAGGGAGGAGGCAGGCGAUGGGGAAUGGCAACAUGAAUAAUGUGGUGAGGAUCAGGUUGACAUUGUCAAAAGAGGAGUAAGACAGUGAGAAGGUCUGUGUCUGUGUGAUAGAGAUCUGUCCUUCUUCAGUUGACACAGGAGAGCAUAGCAGGCCAGCAGACUUUAAGAAGUGUAAGGCACUUUACCCGGCCUACAACACCAUGGUAUCUAUGUAAUAUACAGGAUCCUUACCACAAGGGAAGCUUUAUCUUGUAUUACAUCUGUAGAGUAUUGACCUUGAUGCUUUUAAAUUUCCCAAUUUUCCGAGCAAAGUUGAAUGGUCUUGCUAUUUCCCAUUCAUCCUGUCAAAGUAUGACCAAAUUCAGGGAAGAAUAUGAUUAAGUUGUGCUCAUCACAUACCGUACUGUCCCUUCCUGCUAGCCUACAAAAACACGUAUAGACUGUAAAGUUAUUCACUGUCAUCUGGUCGAGUAGUGAGAGGGUUUAGGUAACCUCUUUAUAGCUUUAAGAGCAAGCCGUGCAUUUAUGACACAUAUUCAACGGAAAAAACAGUAACAUUUUAUCUUGCCCAAACGGGCAUGGAUUAAAUCUAUACACCUACCGUACACUAUACAUACAAUUAACGUUUUUGGCUCAGUGCCAUGCUCAUUAGUUCAUUUUUGUUGCAAAUGUACACAUCCAGGAGAUGGCUAGCUUAGCUUAGCACAAAGAAGAGUUGUGGUUUGACCAGGACUAAUUCUGGCUAUGGGGGGGUUGUUACCUUUGGAUGCUACCUGGCUAGCUGUUUCUCCUAGUUUUGUAAUACUGAGCUAAGUGCCUGCUUUAAAUUCAUAAUUUUAAUGUGAGUGUGAUAUUGAUCCUUAAGGCUAACUCUUAGCGAGACACCAAAUAAGCUUAUUUCCCAAAACGUUACCCCGUUCCUGUGAACUCUUCCCCCCUCACCAUUAUUAUCACUCACUUGAUGAUUCAUCCAGAAGGGUCCACAUGAAUGUUUGUACAACAUUUCAUGACAAUCAUCCAACAGCUGUUGAAAUGGAUCACUCAAAACUUCAAAAGAGGGAAAUUUAAGGAUCUCAAAUUCCAUUUGGAUAAGUAAUCUGUACACUAGUGUAAAUGCAAAUGGGUGAACUUCAAGCUCUCAACUCUCAGCUGUGGAUUCCCUGCAGCUUCCAUUAUUACCUCAUUGCUUUUACCUGUAGGCCUAAUGUUUGAUAAUUGUUUCUGACAAAAUCAGCCUGAAGUUGUGUUUGUGAUUUGAGGGCUCUGGAAAAAUACACGCCUCUCAGAUACGUGAAAUCAGUCUCUUUGCGUCUUGUACAUUCAAUGGUUUUGGACAAUUCUAUAUAUAAUACAAUAUGUGUUAGUCAGGAGCAUUGCUAUGCAGUUCAAAGGAUGAGCAUAGAGUUCCAUGUUUUAUUAAAAAAAAACAAAAUGAGCUGAUGUUGGCACGGUUUAAAUGGUGUAGUGUAAGAAACAAGUCUUCUGAGACGACAGUUAACCUAAUAAUCCCCACCCCAACCCCUUCUCAGGGUCAUGUGAUCUCUCUGAGUCCCGCGCCGCCAGGGGGGAGGUGGAUCUGUUGGGAUUAGCCUCCACAGUCAACAAAAAGGUCACACACACAACACACGCUCACUGAUGGCUACGGGCUGCAAACACCAGGUCACCGGCAGAAGCAUUGUGUGACACACACUCACACACACACCAGAGACCCUUCAUCCGCUCACCAUGGCGUCCAUGGAGGAGGAGCUCACCUGCUCUGUGUGCCGAGACUUCUUCAGUCAGGCCCACCCCCUGCCCUGUGGACACAGCUUCUGUCCCGCCUGCAUCCGCGAGGCCUGGGGCGGAAAGGGCGAGGGCAAAGGUCGCUUUACCUGCCCCCAGUGUCAGGAGGAGCACGGUGAAGUGCCGUGUGACUGCUGCCCUCCCUCCACGGAUAAAGGAGAGACCCCGCCGGCUGUCAAGACCUGCCUGAGGUGUGAAGUGUCGCUGUGUGCCGCGCACCUCCAGCCCCAUCUGGAGAGGCCGGCGUUUGGCAACCACCUGUUGGUGGACCCGCUCGGGGACCUCUCCCAGCGACGGUGCCCGACACACACAGAGAUACUGCGCUACUACUGCGCCGACGACAGGAUGUAUGUGUGCGGUGACUGUCUGCUGGACGGAGCCCAUGCUGAGCACAAAGUUAAGGCGCUGAGGCAGGUGGAGGAGGACCUGAAGAUCAUACUCCAGACCCUGCUCAGCAAAGCAAAGGAGAAGCUGAAAGAUGGAGAGCGAAUCCUCCAAGAGCAUGAGAGUUUCGAUUCCAACAUGGCUGACUCGCUAAAGCAGGACAACACCCAGGUGGAGCGGCUGGGCUUGGACCUGCAGGUCCAGGUGGUGAGGCUGGUGAUCGCUCUGAGGGAGAUCACCAGGAGGGAGAGACAGCAGGUCGUAGAUCGCGUGCACGAAGACUGCUCCAAGGUGCGAAGCGAGAUGAGCCAGGCGCUGAGCAUCCAGCACUACCUGGCCUCGCUGCUGGCAGAGACGGACCCCUUCCUGCUCAUCUGGGCCUUUCAAUCCGAUGACACAAAGUUACUAGCCGACCUGAACAACCCACCCUUCAUCCCCGACCCCAUCAGUCUGGACAGGAAACACAUCUUGGAGGACAUUGAGAGCAAGUAUCGAGAUUUCAUCACCGGCACCCUGCGUUGCCUCAGUGAACUCAAGAGGGAGCUGUUAAGCAGUCCCUUGACCCUGGACACUAACACAGCCCAUCCUCUGGUGAGCAUCUCUGAGGACCUUCGCUCGGCGGCGCGGGUUAAAAGCCGCCUGCCCUACGGUGCCCACGCCGAACGGUUCGACCACUGGCCGCAGGUCCUCACCAUCCAGACCUUCACCUCUGGGACUCACUACUGGGAGCUGGAGGCCCAGGGGUUCUGGGAUAUUGGCGUCUGCUAUCGAAGUAUAGGACGGAAGGGGAAAGAGGGCAACGCCUUUGGGAACAACAAGGUAUCAUGGAGCUUGACACAGCAGCAUGACAGGAGACUGGCCGCCUGGCACAACCGCAGGAAGACCCGCCUCGCAUGCCGAAUGACUGGCAACCGAGUGGGCGUCGCCGUGGACUACGCCGCGGGCACCAUCACCUUCUCCGAGGUGGGACCAUCGAACAACCUGAGCCACCUCCACACUUUCUCCGCCACGUUCACUCAGCCGCUGUGCUUAGGCUUCGGACUCUACAAAGCUGAGCUCAACAGUCACAUCUCUAUCGCCAAAGUCUGAGGAGGGGAAAGAGGAGAGAGGACGGAGAAAAGACAAAGCGGUGUCAAUUGAUUCUUCCACUUCUAGAGAAACCACACAGCCUGCCACUUUGAGCCUCUCUGAUGUUUGUCUCCUUUCAGAUCUGAGCCCGAGCUCCUCUUCUUCCUCAAUGAAGUGACAAAACCAUAUUUCUUAAAACUGUGAUCAGGUUAUAUUGGGGUGGAGAUAUCUGAGAAUAGCGCAUUCCCUGAGCAAAUGUGACCCGAUCCUAGCUGGACAGCCAGUGAAAAGACAAAAUAGGGUUUGGUAACACGAUUGCUAAAUUGUUGUUCAUGUGCUUUUCAUUCCACAAAACUGCAGAUGAUUGUUGAUGUGAUAACAAUGCUAAAGGAAGAAGUAAAUAACGGUGUUGGUAA